GAGGAAAACAUCGAAUUCGCUCUCGUAUUGUAUCAGCAUCAGCAGCAGCUUCCAUAUCGAAUCACCAUCGUCACAAUAGCAAGCAAAAACGGCACUCAAAAUCGCGAUUCGCCGCGGAGUGCAACAGAGAGAAGAAGACGGAAAGGCGAGAAUACAUCGGCCAUCAAACUAUCGCGAAGGAAGCAAACAGAAUCGUCGACAAACGGGGACAUAUUUGCCUAUCGUAAAUGGUUCCUUUAUCAUAUCUACGUACAAUACGGAUUGUGCAGUUUUUCCAAGAGCGGAUGGACAACGUUGAAAGUGCUGACUGAGGGUUUCAAAGUGCCGUGAAGUUAAUGAAAGUCACGAAAAAACAAUUGCAUUUUGAAGUUACAAAAAUUGCACCGUGUGCUCGGGAUUAUUCUGCGGGUGUGAAUUCGGAACAAGGGAAGUAACUUCUACUUCCUGUUAGGACUAUUGUUAUUUCCUAGCUAAAUGUUAGGUAUAUAGAACACACGGAGUAACUGAGCUCUGCACAGAAGUGUUUUUAGUGAAAAUUAGCUUCUGCCAACUGGUCGAUCCAGAGAAAAAGUGCAGGAAAAAUCGUAAGGCAGUGUGAUUUCUCAUAGGUAAUUUUCAUUCCGUCACUACGACAGCGGGGAACAAACGAGUGGGUGCUGAAAGAAAAAAAACUCAACCAUCAAGAGUCAUUCUAAAUUUAACACGCGAAAAUCCGAAAACGAAAACAAGAAAAAAAUAGUUUUCUUCAGAUUUCAAGCAGUUACUCGUCCCAAGAGAAAAGCAACUGUAUCCAGCAUCUAGGAGUGAAAUUUUGGAGCCUACAGUGACUGUUGCGUGUGUGUGCGUGCUCCAUUUCCUGCCGUAAGGAAGAAGGUGGAGGAUUUUUUCUGUUACAGCUGCUGGAACGCUGCUAGCAACGGAAUCACCACGGCGAGAAAGUAGCAGCUGGCUGAACACGGAUAAUGAAGAGGAGAAAUGCCGAUUGUGGCAAGAUUCGGCGACCCAUCAAGAGGAAUAAAAUAGCAGAACAGUUCGGAAGCAACACUCUGCUAUACAUUAAAUUUCUGCUGCUAUGGGCGUUCGUAAUCACCGCCGAUUUCUUGCUGGAGUUUCGUUUCGAGUUUCUGUGGCCAUUCUGGUUAUUACUACGCUCAGUCUAUGACUCAUUCAAAUACAAGGGACUGGCAUUCUCGGUACUGUUCGUCUUCAUAGCCAUCACUUCCGAUCUGGUGUGCUUGUUUUUCAUCCCCGUGCAGUGGCUGUUUUUCGCGGCGAGCACCUAUGUGUGGGUGCAGUAUGUAUGGCAUACAGAUAAGGGAAUCUGCUUGCCAACCAUCAUUCUUUGGAUACUGUUUGUCUACCUAGAGGCAGCCAUUCGAUGGAAGGAUAGUCGAAAUAUUCCACAUCUAGAUCUUUGUCGACCAUUUGCGGCUCACUGUAUUGGCUAUCCAGUGGUAACGCUAGGGUUUGGUUUCAAGAGCUACGUUGGUUAUCGAAUAAGGCAACGGAAGCAGCGUGAGGUAGCCAAGGACAAUGACUUCUACAUGCAGCUACUGCAGGAAGCACUGCCCAAAGAAGAAUCUGCAACUAGUAAUGUGCAACUAGCAAGUGAGGUGAAUUCCGAUCAGCCGGAUCACCAGCUGGCACCGGUUUCCCAGCCGAAAGAACUAGCCGUAACGGCAGUUAUCAAUAACAGUACUAACUGUAACAAUUUGAACAGUAGUAGUAGCAGCAGUGGAGGCAGCGGAAGUCAUUACAAUCACCAUCAUCAUCAUAAUAGUAAAAACGCUCAAACUCACAGUAAAUCGCAAAGCAGUCUGCUAACCGCCAACCAGGUGAAUGGUCAUGCCGGUACGGGAUCUAAUGUAACCGUAGCAUCCGGAAAUAGUGGAACCACAAGCACAAUGAACGGCAGUGCUAAUCACUCCAAACAUUCGCACCGGAAAAGUUUAGACAAGGAGAACUCCGGUUCAUUGAGCGGGAAAGCCAACAGCAGCUAUUCAUAUCAUCAACAGCAGCAGAACAACAGCAUCAAUUACAGCCCCAAGGACAGUUCACGUACGAGCGAUAUCCUGCAAACCAAUGGUGCUGCCAUGUCUCCGAAGGAGAAAAAAGACUUCGAUUCACCGGGAUUUCAAAAAACGCAAUUCGAUAGUCUCUCUACCACAAGUUCUCAAACGAGCGGUAGUAGCAAUAGAUCCCCACAAGCCAUCAAUAGCACACAUGACGCCAGCGGAAGUAAAAGCAAGCAUCAACAGAACGGGCACGUGAUCAACUAUGAUAUGGAACUGCAACAGACGCCAAUCUCGUCCCAACAGAACCAAGUUGAAAACGAUCCCCCUGCUGAACCGAAAACCAAUCGAGCAGGUCGAAAGAAUCGCGUGAAACAAAAAGAAAACACCAACCACGUCGCAGCGGUUCGGUUAGCAGCAACUCUCGCGCUAGCAUCCUCGAUAACAACUCUAACGACAACGGUUGCAGCAUCAACUGUAUCGACGACGACGACAACUUCGGCUGGUUCGGUGACUUCCAAGGACAAUCAUCUGCAGAAUCUUGAACAGCAGCAGCAGUCGCUCACAACAACCGGCAACGGUACGGCUUCGAAUAAUACUCAAAACGGCACCGGGAGCACAACCGCCGGUUCUACGGUGGCUGGUAUAAGCACAACUACGACAUCUUCGACAACGGCGGUGGCGACAACGACAGCGGCACCAACUGUACCGGACAUUACGCUUGUUCCACCAGUAAUCAAGGUGUGCGAAACUUGCAGUCGGUUGGAAGCAGAAGCGAAAAAACUACGAUCCGAAAUCAGUAGCUUGAAGCAGACCGAAAACGAGACACGACAAUCGUACGACUUCAACACAAAUAAUCUGAAAUCUUGUUUGCAGGCCAAACAGAAGGACUGCGAUGAGUUGAAAAACAAAUACCAAGACCUGGCAUCACAGCGUCAACAGGAGCGACAAAGUCUGCAAACUGUCGAACGACGUUUGGGUGAAGAGCGACGCCACCGGCAGUCGCUUGAAUCGCAGCUGCAGAACGAACGAAAGCACCGGAAACAAGCGGAAGACAAAGCGGCCCGGGCCGAGUGUGGUGAGGGGUGCAAACUGAAGCGACAGCAAAUGGAAAUGGAGAUUCAGAAGCUGCGCCGGGAUCUGAAAAGUUCGGAGGACGCUAAGCACAAUGCCGAAAAACAAACCCACAACUUUGAGCAGGAGAUGCGCAAAUUUGAGGUACAGUUGAGGAACCGGGAAUCCCAGCAAAGCGCCGAAGUACUUAUGUCUGCACUAGCGGCAAUGCAGGAUAAAAAUGCCACCUUGGAAAAGAACCUUUCGGCCGAAACGAGAGUUAAGCUGGACUUAUUCUCGGCCCUCGGUGACACCCGACGGCAACUGGAGAUUGCCACCUGUUCACUGCGUACUAAGGAUAAGGAAAUACUAGACUUGAAGGCAAAAAUUGUCCAAUUACUAGCCGUUAUGCCAGCAAUGCCAAACGAUGCUCUUUGUCUGUCUGGCCCAGGACCAUCGUCCAGUAGUGGCGGUGGUGGUAGCGGCGGCAACGGCGCUGUUGUUGGAUCGCAUAUGCGGCUUUCCGAUGCACCACAGUUACUGUCACAAUCCGGAUUGAAUGGGAUAACCGGUCAGCCUAGUCCAAUGUCGCAUAUUGUAAUGAACAAUCCGCCGUUGAUCAGUCAAUUAAGCAAUCUAGGCGUACUGACAUCAACCAUAACCACGGCUUCUGCUGCUAUGUCCGCCGGCUGUGCUCCUGCAAAUGUCAUGUCCGGUGGCGGAAUGGUUCCUCCUUCGAUGCAACAGACUGGCCCCGGUAUUGUGACUGUAACCGCCACCGGUUCCAAUGGCCAAAUAGUACAAAUGCAAAACUCCAACAACUGUCCCUCCAAUUUAGAUCCAAAUGCAUCUGUCUACACACCCAAGAACUGUUCGUCGAUGGUCGGUGGUACCGAGGCCUGACCAGCGGCGUUGGAAUUGCAACAAUUCCUUCCAAUCAGCGGCAGUUGCACACCGUUUCAAAGUCUUGAUUUGAUCAGCAGUUCUGGUACGAAUCAGUUCAAUCCUACACAGCAAUCUCUAUUGCAAACACAACAGCUAUCGAAGAGUCAUCCUUUCUCCUAAUUGGUGGAAAGGACAUCCGUGUAAGUGUUCUAUUCUGAUCUCAAAAAAAUCUCCGAAAUUUGAGGAUUCAGGAAGAGAUCCAUUAAACAGCAAAAUGUUCCUAGUAUUUGUGUUUUCUUACACAUUCAUCUGAAGCUUCAAUUGAGUAGUAGCGUAUUGUUUGCACAAGUAGUACUUUUUUUCUAAAUUAAAUUUGGUUUUCUUUUGUUUUAAAUUUUUGAACACUCUUAACUUCCUUGAACUCUUAGAACGGCACUGUUCAAACAAUUCGUACAUAAUUCGGGACAUUUAUUGAAUUACUACGUUUUAUUUAUAACCUAUAUGAACGUGUAUGUCUUUUUUCAUCAGUUAAACAUUCGUCCUGUAUAAAAUGGAAAGUUGUGAUGAGCACACUCAUGAUAAAUAAUACAGAACGAACAAUACGUUGUGUCUGUGUACCUUCUUUCUCUCUAUCUAUCCUUAGGUUGCAUGCAGCCGACAAGGAAGAAACGUUAAAGUGAAUUAAAUUUAUCAAUAUAACAAACGAGAAAAAGAAACAAGAAAUGUUGUGAUAUUCAUAUUACUUAAAAUAAUGAUUAAUUUUUUUUAAUUUUUAAUUUUAUAGCUUAUUAUUUAUAUAAAAGCGAUAAAGCGAAGUAAUAAUCUGCUCCUAUUUUAUAUCACUCGCGUUAACCGACAACUACUAUUAUGAGUAUGAUUAAAUUGUAACCUAAUGAAUCUGCUGAUUGAAAAACAUUAUAGACAAACGAAGACAGAGCUUAAACAUUUCGACAGGGGAAGUUUCACCCCCGAACUGACAUCAGAGCGUAAGAUUCUCGCAUACGUAUUGAACCGGAUGUUAUUGAAAACCCGUAGGGAGAAAUUCCUGAAACUUGUCAGCAAAGUCAUUUGCAAUGUUUAAUCUCAUUUAGGAUAACCGAGCAGAAUGAAGAGACAAAUUUGUGAGAGUAUUGCAUUGCGAGUACUCUCAUACAACAGAAUGAUAAUCCAGCUGGAAAAUCACUCAAAGUAGAAGAGAAAGCGCAAAACUGCAAGCAUACAAUCUAUUUUAAGUUACUGUAGAGAUUGACAAAAACAAGAAAUUAACACACUCAUACAUGAACAAUGAUGAUACUAAGUAAACUGAUGACAUCCCGAAAAAUAAAUAAGCUGUCACAGAAAAGAACAGGAUAAAAUAGACUCUUUUUUGGGACAGUGACAAACAACAAAUGUAAUGAUGAUAAUGCAAAUUAUGCAGAAAAGAAGUAUGAAGAUAAGAAUAAACAGAAAAUGCAAGUUAA